UUAUUUUCUUUUUUUUUUGCUGUGUGUAGUGUACUUGGAAUUUUUCGAAGAAUCUCCAAGUUUGAAUUUUUAUAUGUACUUUGAUGUCUCAGAAUCUGAAAGAAUUAUCGGAAAAGUUGUAUCGCUCGAUACAUUUAUAUCAAAUCAAACUCAAACAUCGUUUCAUCAACCUUCGUAGUAAGUUUCACUGCUAGGUAGUGUUACGCCGUUGUUCGAUUGCAGUGAAUCGUAGAAAUCGUUCAACUUUACUCGUAUCGCAUUUUUAAAGAAUUGCGCAGCCAAUGGUUCUGAAAAUGGCGGAGGAUAACGAGGAAACUAUAUCCGAUCAAGAAAAGGUUCGAAUCAUUUCUGAUUUCAUUUUGCACUCGCCUCCCGGCGAAUUCAACGAAGUUUUCAACGAUGUUCGUGGAUUGGUCAAUAACGACGUUUUAUUGAAAGAAGGUGCUUGCGGCGCUUGCGCCAUUUAUAACAAAGAACAGCUAACACCGGUUAAACUGACCAACGAUCAGUAUGUUCUAAUAACGGAAUACAACGAUUUAGGCUCAAACCGAUUUUACGAUCCUCGUUCCAAGCAAUCUUUCAAGUUUGAUCAUCUUCGUAAGGAAGCGUCGGACUUUGAGGAAUGGGAAUGCGAUCAAAGUAUAGAAUCGUGGCGAACGAGCUUGGAGGUUUUGCUUGACGGGUACACGUCCAAUCAUUUCAAGCACGGCACCUGCAACGUUUUUGCGAAAAAGCAAGAUUCAGCUAUACUUUUAGUCGCUUGCAUCGAAGAUCAUCAGUUUCAACCUCAAAAUUAUUGGAACGGACGAUGGCGGUCUCAGUGGAUUUUCACAAUAUCUGGCGGUACUGUGGACGUCAAAGGCAUUCUCAAAGUUCAAGUGCAUUACUACGAAGAUGGUAACGUGCAACUGGUCACCUCCAAAGAAAUUAAAGAAUCGAUUGAAAUUAUUAAUGAAGUGUCAGCUGUGGACAGUAUGAUGAAGAUCGUUAAAGAUGCGGAAAACGAGUAUCAAACGGCGUUGACGGAGAAUUAUCAAACCAUGUCAGAGACCACGUUCAAAACGUUGCGUCGACAAUUGCCCGUCACGAGGACGAAAAUUGAUUGGAAUAAGAUAGUGUCGUACAGUAUAGGAAAGGAACUAAAACCCCAAUAACACGAUGUGUUACGUACGUAGUACACGUGUGGUCUGUUUAUACGCGAGGUUUUCUCUUUUAUUAACAUUACUUCGUUAAAAGUACCUAUAUUUAAAUCGAAAAUGAAAAAAUAUCAUUAACAUUUUGUAUUUUACCUAUAUUUUUAUUACAAAACUGUUUAUUGUGAGAAACGAUAAAUGUUAUUCGUAGAUUA